CUGCUAAUUCUCGUGGGGCAAUAUCAUGCCAUGGAAACUAGCAAUUAUUCCUGUCUCUGCCAUUUGUUAUUCUGAAUGGAAUAAUUUAACUUAAGAAAUUUAUUCUAAGGACCCUUGCAUAGUCUGACGCAUGUUUAAAAUGCUUUUUAAGACUUGCCAACAGUGUGGCUAGACCGUUAAUGGCUUGUGCUACUUAACAUAGAGACUCCUGUGGGUGUUAGCGUGUGUGGUAAAUAAUACAGAAGGUGGAGAAGUUUUUGAAACGGGGCCAAGCCACGGAGGGUAAAGCUUUGAGCAUCUUUACUCAUAACUCUGAUAAGGGGGUCUGACAAAAGUAAAACUGUUUUGUUUGCAAUCAAUGCCUGAAAUUUGCCAAGGGCCCCAUCAUCCAACCUCUUACGUCGUCAGAACUAGGGUUGACAAGUUGGUCAAUUGACUGAUCAAUUGACUGCAUAUUUUUGACCAGUCAAAAAUAUGGCAAUUUUACCAAAAAUUAAAAAAAAAAAAUGUAGUUUUUUUUUUUUCUUGACAGAAAUAUAAUUUUUUUUAAUUGCUUAUUGACACAUUUAAUGGAAGAUCUGGGCUUUUUCUGUGUUGUUUGGACCUACUGGCAAUUAAAAAAAAGUACUGGUAUUUGAUAGGCCAAUUGACCAAACUUUAUUUGACCAGUCAAAUACUCAACCCUAGUCAAAACCCAAGUGAAAAUGUAGAUCCUUGAGCCUGUUUUCUAUUUCCCUCCUGAUAGAAUGAGGGAAGGGAGAAAUACAUGUUGUUCAUCUUCUCCCACAGUGAGCAAGUGUCACUAACCUUUCCCUGCCCAGUCAUGAGCCUGCGUGUUGGCUUUUUCCGUUAGAUCUUUUGCAAAAGAGUGGUUUGCGUCUCUCAAUACUUUUGCACAUGGGUCUAACGCAGCAUAAGCGGAUGAGCCAUCACGGGCCAUGCUUGGCUUCUCAUGGUCACGCUUCUGCUAGCUUGGCUGAUGUCUGCCUGUGCCUGGAAGGUUAUGCUUUUGUUGUUGCCUAGUGGGGAACCUGAUCAGGGCUGCAUGCAGGCUGGGCGUUUGCAGAGCAAUGGCUCAAGUGGAACUGCUCUGGGCUGCAGCGUCCUUGAUGCUGCUUGGAGCUCUAGUGGGCAUGUGCAUGAAGUGUCAGCAGUCCGCUGCUAAACGGGAAAAUAAAGAGCUGCAUCAGCAAAGGAGUCGGCGUGGAAACCGGCAGACAUUUGAGGUGAUUCGGACCUACUCAAUUCCAGUGGCAAGGCUUGAACAAAUUAAGUCACCGGACAGUGAUCCAGUUAUACGAAGCUCCAAGAAGUUCCUGACCUCGGAUCUUGACAGAGAUAGCCAGGAUUGUGAAGCUACCUAUGUUGACCCCAUAGCUACAGAUUACUACAACUGUGGGAAGUACUUAAGACCACCAAAUGAGAAAGACCAAGAUGCGCACGCCUACCAAAAUGUGAUGGUCGGUGGGGCGUCCCAGAAUGCAGAGCCUGAUGAUGCAGAUGACUAUGAGAAUAGCGCAGCUAUACAGAUGUGGAAACAAUCAGAGAUGUCAGAAAGUGCGGAGGAUGAUCUCGAUGAGCCAGACUACGUUAACACUGGCCCAGGAGCCCUGCCGAGCUAAAGGUAUCCUGCCUAAAACCUGAAGAAGCUAUUUGCAAAGCUGUAAUUCCACGUUGAAGGUGGUGACAUGUACACAUGCAGAGAAAGGGGACCUUUGAUUUGCAAGUAUAAUGGAAUAGACUUUUCUCCAAAGACAAUGUGUGAAGAGUACCACCGAGAUGCUCCUGGAAGGGAACUUAUUGGAUCAAAGGCCUACAAAAACAUGAAAUUGAAAAACCAGAAAACCAGCCCAUAUGGAGAAAGCUGUACUGUUUCUCCAGGGGAUUGUAGCUGAUCAGUGCAGAGCCAAACCAGAGGUUUGUAAUCCUGCCUGGUUUCCCUCCCCCCACACCCACUCUAGGGAGCUGAGGCCUGUCUGCUCAAUGUUUGCUGCUGUCAAGUGUGAAAUGAAUCUUUAAGUCGCUGAGCAGUAAUGCAAUCAACUAUUUAAUUUGUCAAGCUGACUCGUAUUAAAGCAUAUGGAUUAUAUUUCUUCUCUUAUUUCCAGGCCCUUGUUGCCAACAGCAGGCUGGAACCUUUCAGUCACAAGCCAAGUUUUAAGAAAAGGAGUUUCCCUGCAGUGAUACAAAACAUUCACAAGUGACAAAGGUCUGAGAAAAGCUAUUAAAAACCCACUCUCUGCAGUUCAUAAUUCAGAGUGCUCUUCUCUGGUAACUUCCCUUGUGCCUUCAGUAUCCAUCUUACAGCGACGCAAUGGCACGGUGAUGACUUGGAGUGCUAUUCUAGUACAGGGGCUUCAUAAAGUCCUUGUGCACUUUUAAACUUUAAUGAUUUAGGUUGUAAGUAUGAUAGAAUUAAGAUAGUAAUAAUGAAUUUAUUAUUAAAUAAGAUGGCACGCCGUGCCACUACGCUCUGAAUGUACGACAGUUCCUAAAUGAUGUUUUCCCAGAGAAGUGGCUAGGCAGAGGUGGACCAAUUGCUUGGCCACCUCGUUCACCUGACCAGUUGCUGUUGGACUUCUUUUUAUGUAGCGUACUUGUCAAAACCAUGUUCUUUGGUGAAACUUAGGGCUAGGAUCACCGACGCAAUUAGUGUAGUAACUCGAAAGCAACUGGGAAAUGUUUUCAAGGAGUUGGAAGAUCGGAUUGAGCACUGUAUCAUGAUGGAUGGUGGUUAUGUUGAAGUCUAGCAUUGUGUACUCUAGUUGUACUAAAACUUUAAUAAAUUUGCUUUUAAAUACCAUUUACAGAUUGUUUC